AUGGCUGCCAACGGCGUACGAAAAUACAAAAUUGCCAGCAUCCCGGCGGAUGGCAUUGGUCCGGAGGUAGUCAACGUUACUCUCGAUGUCCUCAAGUCGAUGCAGCAGACGCUUAAGACAUUUGAACUCGAGUUCACCGAGCUCGAUUGGGGUACUGCACGGUAUAAGAAAACCGGAAAAUAUAUGCCUGACGAUGGACUUGAUAUCCUUCGGACGUUUGAUGCUGGCCUCUUCGGUGCCGUUGGCGCACCUGACGUUCCCGACCACAUCUCUCUGUGGAAUCUACUUCUAGCCAUCCGCGGGCCCAUGCAGUUGUAUGCAAAUGUGCGGCCAGUAAAAAACUUUCCACAUGUGCGCUCGCCGCUACGUGAGGUCCAGGAUGGCGACAUCGAUUGGGUCAUGGUUCGCGAGAACAGUGAGGGCGAGUACUGCGGGCAAGGAGGGCGCACUCAUCGAGGGCAACCAUGGGAGGCAGCAACAGAGUUGUCCAUUUUUACUCGCGUGGGCGUUGAGCGCAUCAUGCGUUUUGCUUUCGACGUUUCACGCAGCCGCCCACGCAAGUUCUUGACUGUCGUCACCAAGAGCAAUGCUAUGCGGAACGGUAUGGUGCUCUGGGACGAGGUCGCUACCGAGGUUGCCAAAGACUAUCCCGAUGUCACCUGCGACAAGGUCCUCGUCGACGCCAUGACUGUUCGCAUGGUUACCAACCCGAAGUCUCUGGACACUAUUGUUGGCACUAACCUACACAUGGACAUUAUCUCUGACCUGGCAGCCGCGCUUGGUGGCUCCAUCGGUAUUGCUCCCUCCAGCAAUCUCGACCCCACACGCAAGAAUCCCUCUCUCUUCGAGCCCGUUCAUGGCAGCGCCUUCGACAUCACCGGAAAGGGUAUUGCCAACCCUGUUGCUACUCUUUGGUCGGCAUCGGAGAUGUUGGCAUGGCUUGGCGAGAAGGAAGCGGCUGAGAUCUUGCUUCAAGCAGUCCAGGAGACAUGUAGCCAGGGCAUCUGCACGCCAGACCUCGGUGGGAAGGCCAACACCAAGCAGGUUGCCGACGCAGUCACCGCUUCAAUUAGGCAGCUGGCAGGUGUUUACCCGCUCAAUUGA